CUCUCUCUCGCCAUUCCACCCAGCCUUACCAUCCGGGUGGGUGCUGAGUGCAUGCGUGCGUGUGCGUGUGUGUCUGUCUCGACCCAGGUGCCAAGGUCUGAGGGGAAGGAAGACCAGUGCUAGACAGUGCAGCGUCAGGAGAGGAAGCCGGGUCACUGAAGGAGCACUGUCAGGCAUGGCCCAGCACUAACAGGGGUCCCCGCAGACAGACAGAAACAUACGGAGGAAGAGAGACACGCCUGCCUGCGGAGAGGGAGCAGUGAUAAGGAACAAUGGUGGCCGAAGAGAUUGUGGUUACCCUGUCUGGGGGCGCACCUUGGGGUUUUCGACUACAGGGUGGCGCUGAGCAUAAGAAACCCCUACAAGUAGCUAAGGUGCGGAGGCGGAGCAAGGCGUGCAGGGCGGGGCUUCGCGAGGCGGACGAGCUGCUGUCCAUCAACGAUAAACUGUGCGGAGGGCUGUCCCACGCGCAGGCCAUGAGCCUGAUCGACGGCGGACCAGGAACUCUGCACAUACGCGUGAAGAGGGCUCCGUCGGGCUUCCAGUCCGUGGUGCUGCUCACCCGAUCCCCCUCGCCCCGAAUUGACAAGGAGUACCGCGCGGCGGUGCGGGAGGUCCGCCGGGGGGCGCUGAUGUCCCCGACGGGCCGGGACGACCCGCCCAGGCGCGAGUCGGUGACGUCGCCGCCGGACAGCGAGGCCUACUACGGCGAGACGGACAGCGACGCCGACACGGCCCACGAGCGGCAGCGGCGGCAGAAGAGGCGGAGCCCCAGCGGCUCGCCCGCCAAGAUGGGCGGCGGGAAGUCGUCGCCGGAGGAGACCUCGGAGAUGAGCGGCUACGAGAGCGCCCCCGACGCCCCGGCCUACCCCGACGCCUCGCCGCCGCAGCAGGGCAGCCCGCCGGGCGUCGCCCGCCGGGAGGUGAUCUACCAGCCCCCGCGCGCCGACAACUCGCCCGAGAACUCGUCCUCCAGCCUGGACGACCAGAGCCCCGCCGAAGGGCCGGGGCCCAACGAGGUGGACAGCGGCUUCCAGGAGCCGCCCAGCCUGCCCCCGCUGGUCUCGCCCGACCGCGCCAAGGAGGCCCUCCUCCUGGCGUCCCGCGGGCAGCUGGUGCCCAUGGUGGGGCCCGUGGACAACCCGGUGGCCGAGGAGCUGACCGUGACCUACAUGGACAAAGCCAAACAAGCCAAACUACACAGAGGCGAGAGCGUGCAGGAGAAGCAGGUGAAGGAGGCCCGGUCCAGGUGCCGCAGCAUCGCCGCCCUGCUGACCGACGCGCCCAACCCGCACUCCAAGGGCGUGCUCAUGUUCAAGAAGCGGAGGCAGCGCGCCAAGAAGUACACGCUCACCUGCUUCGGCAGCGUGGAGGGAGCGUCCAGCCAGGACGGCACCACCGAGGAGGAGGACGACGAGGAGGAGGAGGGCGUCUUCCCGGGCAGCGAGUCGGAGCUGGACGAGGACGGCUUCACCUCGGCCCCCGAGUCGGCCUGGGACAGCGACUACCUGGACAUCCUGGAGAGGAAGACCCCUGCGGCGGGCUGCGGGGAGACGGAGAGCCCGGGGCUGAACGCCACCUCCGGGAAGGGCGCCCAGCUUUUCGAGCAGCAGAGGAGGAGGGGGCAGGAGCGCGCCGCGGCGGCGGAGGCGGCGGCGGCGGAGGUCGCGCCCGUAUCGACGUACGCGGAACAGGCACCCCCCCUUCAGGGUCUGAGCCCUACCGCGCCCGCCGUGCCUGCCACUCCCAGCAUGCCCGCCUUGCCUACCGCGCCCGCGGCGCCCGCCGUGCCCGCCGCGCCCGUGAACUACAGCGUGAUGAACGGGGACUGCACGGUGGUGAGCCGGGCCAGCGUGGUGAUGUCGCCGCCCGUGGUGAACGGCGGAGGGGCGGGGCCGCCCGGCUCCGUGCUCAACAGGACGGCCCAGCCCUUCGCCGCCGGGUUCGUCAGCCACAGAGCCGCCACCACGCCCGUGCUGUUCCGCCCCGGCCCGCCCAAGAAGAGCCCCCCCGCGCAGCCCGCGGCAACCGCCCGGGCCACGCCCCUCCCCUUCUCCCCGCCUCCCUCGGAGGUGAAGCGGGCCGUCUCCACCACCUCUCUCUACAUCCCGCCCAGACCCGCCCCCAGGAACGCCCCGCCCUCCAUGCUCUCCCCUCCUUCCUCUGUAGCCGCUGCUCCCUACUCUCCGUUCUCUCCAUCUUCUACCACUGCGACUCCCUUCUCUCGCCCACCUCUGCCCGCCCCAUCCUCAUGUAACCCUCCGGCGCAAGCCACGCCCUUUUCUCCGCCUCCCGCACAGGCUGCGUCCUUCCAUCCUCCUCCUGCCCAAGCCACGCCCUUUUCUCCGCCUCCCGCACAGGCUGCGUCCUUCCAUCCUCCUCCUGCCCAAGCCACGCCCUUUUCUCCGCCUCCCGCACAGGCUGCGUCCUUCUAUCCUCCUCCUGCCCAAGCCACGCCCUUUUAUCCACCUCCUGUACAAGCCACUCCCCUUUCUCCACCUGCUCCGCGGGCCACAUCUGUCUAUCUUCCUCCUGCCCGAGUCACACCCUUUUCUCCACCUCCUGCCCAAGUCAUGCCAUUUUCUCCACCUCCAGCUCAACCCAUGCCAUUUUCUCCACCUCCAGCCCAAGUCGUGCCAUUUUCUUCACCUCCUACCCAACCCACGCCAUUUUCUCCACCUCCUACCCAACCCACACCAUAUUCUACACCUCCUGCCCAAGCCAUAACCUUUUCUCAACCUCCUGUACAAGCCAUGCCCUUCUCUCCACCUCCUACACACACCACAUCUUACUAUCCACCUCCUACACAAACUCCUGCUUCCCCAUAUUCUACACAAGCUAUACCCUUUUCCCCACUUCCUGUUCAAGCCAUCUCUCUCACCUUGGCUCCUGCACCAGUCACCACCUUCCCUCCUCCUCCUGCACCACCCACAACCUGUCCCACUCCCACACCAGCCACGCCCUUUUCUCCAUCUUCUACCCCUGUGGGUCCCCUCUCUCCCCCGGCCUUCUCUCCCCCUGCCCACCAGCCCUGCGCCGUAGCGGUCCCUCCCCCGCCGACGCCUAAGGUGUCUUUCAACCCGUACGUCGCCGUGGCCACCACCACCCCCUCGCCCCCCGUCUCGGCCACUCCCGCUCCGGCUCCCACUCCCGUCCCCACGCAGUACCCUGCUGCCGCCGCCAACUCCGCCGAGGCCCUGGCGUCCCGCGAGCAGAGGAUCUCCGUGCCCGCCGCCCGCACCGGCAUCCUGCAGGAGGCCCGUCGCCGCGGCAGCAAGAAGCCCAUGUUCAGCGCCCCCGAGGAGAAGAAGCAGAACUCGCCCAACCCCGAGCUGCUGUCGCUGGUGCAGAACCUGGACGAGAAGCCCCGGGCGGGGGCCGAGCCCGGGUUCGAGUCCGGCCCCGAGGAGGACUUCCUCAACCUGGGGGCGGAGGCCUGCAACUUCAUGCAGGUCCACAAGAGCAGGCUGCCGCCACCGGUGGCCCCCAAACCCCACGCGGCCCCCGAGGGGCCCCAGAUCCCCCAGAUGGGAGGCAAGGGGGCGGAGCUGUUCGCGCGGCGGCAGAGCCGCAUGGACAGGUACGUGGUGGACAGGACGGCCCCCGCCGCCAAUCUCGCCGUGUCGCCGGGGCAACCCCGCCUCCCGUCGCCCACCCCCUCCCUCCCGUCUCACUGGAAGUACUCGCCCAACAUUCGCGCCCCCCCUCCCAUCAGCUACAACCCCCUGCUGUCCCCUUCCUGUCCACCGGGGGCUCAGCGCGGCACGAAGGCGUCCCAGACCGCCAAAGUCGCCAAGAAGAGCGACGCGCAGAAGCAGCCCCCCAAGCCCAUGGACGUCAUGAGCCGGCAACCCUACCAGCUCAACUCCGCCAUGUUCACCUACGGGGGCGGCGGAACGCCCGCGCCGGGCAACCACCAAUCGCAGAGCAUCUCCCUGAGCGCGCCCAAGCAGAUCCCGGUCAAGGCCGCCCGCGUCUACAACAUCAAGCGCUUCUCCACGCCCACGCCCAUGUCCGCGCCGGCGUCCCUCAGCCCCGCCGUGAUCGCGCCCCGCUCCGCCACCACCCUCGGGGAGCCCCUGUGGCGCCCCGACGUCGUCUCCCCGCCCCCCGCCCCCCUCUCGCCUCCGCCGCCCGCCCCCACGGGCGCCCUGCCGGAGCUGCCCAGGAUCUACUCCGCCCCCGUCCCGAACCCCGCCCCCGCCCCCGCCCCGCCCCCCGGCUCGGCCUACGCCCCGCUCCAGAAUGGCAGGCAGUGGUUUAAGAGCGCCCCGGAGCUCAGCCCCCUGUGCUCGGCUGUUUCGGGCAGCUCCCUGUCCGUCAGGGUGCCCAGGCCCCGCUUCAGCACCUCCAGCAUGGGCAUCCAGGCCAACGUGUGGAGGCCGGGCUCCGUGCACUACUGAGGGGGGCCACGCCCACGCCUGCGCCCGCUCUGCUACGCCCUCCCUCGCCCUCGCCCUGCCCUGCCUUGCCCUUACUCGAGGGCCACGCCCUAUGCUACCCCCUCCGCCCUGACCUGCCCCAGCCACCCUGCCCUACCCUGGCCUGCUCCGCCCUGCCCCACCUAACCACCCUGCCUUGCCCGCCCUGCCCUGCCCCGGCCUUACUCUGGCCCGCCGUACCCUGUUCCAUUCUAGCCUGCCCCACCCCAUCCCACCCCACCCUGCCCUGACCUGCCCCUUCCCGCUCCAUCCUACCCUUUGCCUGCCCUGAUCCACCCUGCCCCAUAAUGAAGCCCAUUCUCUUCCACCGCUGAGUUUGUCUCCUGUCUGUGGUGGAGCUUUGCUAAACAGCAGCUUUGCAAACCCCACUGUAGUCCAUAACUGUACAUUACAUAGUUUGCUUGGUUUCAGCGACAUUAACAGAUGGGGAUUCGCACUCCUCCAACAUCCCAACAAACAAGAUAUAGGGCAUUAUGUUUUAUUGGGAGAGAAAUAUUUUAACUAUACAUGACAUCAGAACUGUUUUUUUCCCUGACAGAACCGAGCAAUUGUGGGUUUCGUCUUCUGUUUUCUACAUCAUGCACAAAUUGAAGCAGAUAUUAAAAUGGUCAUAAAGAUGCAUAUAUUUAUGUGCUUGUUGGCUGGAGUGCAGCUUGCUGCUUCCUAGGUGUGGCUGGUAUCUUUGUGGGGCCUUAUAGAAUCCAGCCUUGGUUAUUUUCUUUGUGAAUUUCAGGUUUUUUUCACCUGUUAAAGGCCUAUCUUUAAAUAAGUGUGUGCUCUGUUUUCAAACACUUGUGUAGUAUACCUAAAACCUUGCAAGAGCCAAUCAGCACCUUACCCAUUUCAGUUCAAUGUUCAGCUGAACUCAGAUACAAAACUACGUAUAUAUAAAAUACUACCUGACUGUGGUGUACAGAGCGAACUACUUGCUUCAUUGUAUAUCCAAGGCAGUUACCAUCAACAAUCUGGGUAGUAUGCAUUAAGUUGGUAUAAAAACAGCAUGUUUGAAAUUUUAACUUGGGGCUUUGUGGGCAGGUAUUUAAUCGGAAAUUUUGGGAUGAAGUCUAUUUUGUAAAGGAAAUUUGUUGUUGGUACGGGGCAUGCUUGAACAGUGCAGGUCAUUUUCACAGAAAUGGUGCCCUUCUGGUGCACAAGCAAUGACCUUUGAACUUCUAAUGUGUGGAGUAGCACUGUGGGAACGGAAACAUUUUGGGCCAUGCAAAACGGUUCCAAUCACAAAGAUUUUGCAGGUUCGGGCUAUCGCCACAGAAUCUAUUCCCUUUUGGACACGGUCACCGAAAGCAAGCAAGCGACUUGGAGCACACGGGACCUGUUCAAGUGAGAUCUGCACACAGAAAUGAGGAAAAACCAGACCGCGGUGCAACCGUGCUUGGAGCCCGUAUGGACUGAGUGAAGGAUUCAGGGCUAGGGUGGCUGUGGCAGGGCAGGGGUUCAGUUUUGGGUGACGUCACCUGCUCACAUUGGGUUUCCCUCAGUGAGUGCUUCCCACUUGAGUCCGAGUUGGUCAGGAAUCACGCUUUUCACCGGCUGUGAAAUCGAGGCACUCCUCUCCGCUCCGCACACGUUUGGGGGGUCGCCGCAGAGGAAGCAUGAAACUCAGACGUGUGCCUAAAAAUGUGUGUGUGCGAGUUUCUAUUUCACGUGCAAUGUAGAGAACGACGUUAGAGUAAUCAUAUUAAUAUAACACAGAUAGAAAGGAGAAUACACUGUGCACAAUGGUGAUGUGGUAAAUGUAGUGUGUGUGUGUGUGUGUGUCCCCGGCUCUGGCUUACAUUGUGUGUUUAAAAUGCAAUAAAGGCUCCUGGCGUGAGCAGCUGUCUGACUGAAGCCAUCGUGGCGUGACACUGAAAGCUUUUACAUUUUAGCUAAAUCACUCCAGCGUAGGGUGUGGAUGUCGAUUGUGCUUUAUGUCUACUGAACGAAGGACGAGGACGAUUUGAGCAAUUUAAAGACGAAAAGAAAGGUAGUCUUCGGCGAGACAAUGAGAAGGGUAAGAAAAGGGAAGCCAUUUUGUGAGGCAGAUGCUGAGGGAAGUGCGAAGAAUCGCGUGGCCGCUUUGAGAGAUGGAAAUGGGAAAAAGAUGAGUCUUCUUUUUGUUGAGAUGGUACGGUCCAUACGCCUACUCCGAAUGCAGCACUUUUGGGGUGCUGCCAAUGGGCACCCAAAACUGCUGUGCCACCCCCACUUCAAUAUUCUGCACUCCUCUACUGAAAGAUGCAGUGACAGUUAUUAGUAAACACAUCAUUUACAUUUAUUAUUUUUUAUUGGCAUUAAUAAAUCUCUCUCUCUCUCUCUCUCUCUCUCUCUCACACACACACACACACACACACACACAGUAUUCCUUUGUAUUACCAUAUGGAUUUCUUCCACAUCCAUUUGGCCAAUAGGUGUGCCAUUUCAUAUGACUAGAUCAAAAGAGGCUCUUUUUACAUCCUAAAAAUAUAUUUAGUAUUACUGAAGAAUCUCUAUUAGCCUAGUUCAGUCCAGGAAGGUGGGCUGGAUGUAUGAUUCUGGGCUCUAAGUUUCAGUGCUAUGAAUGCGCCGCAACAAAACUUGUGGAUCGUGCCAUUUCUUUGAGGGGGUGUCUCGUGUGCCUCUUGAGUAGCUGUAACUGACUAAUACUGUGAGAUAUUACCCCCCUCCCCAGCACACGCGCACACACUCCCUACCUUUUGAGACAUGCAGUAUGUGAUGAGGAGAGGCAAUGUUCUGAAACUUUGUGUGAAAGGACAGAGUCAGCAUGUAGAGAAUUGGGCACAGAAAUAGCACCCCAGCAGCGGCUCACUGUGUAUGAAAAUAACACGUGUCAGUUAAGUGUCAUUAAGCGUUACCACAUUUGGUUGUUUGUUUUUUUUGUUAUUUUAUCAUUAAAAUGGCUGGCUCCUCGAGGUGUCUGCCUUCAUUGUAUGCACUGGAGGUAUUUGUAUUUGUGCUUCUGAUUAGAACAAAAAGGAUCUUGGAAAAUGGUCUCAAGUUGUAUUUAAGAAGAAGAGGGAAAUAAAAAAAGUAGCUGUCCCAGAAGUUUCUCUUGUACGAACAGUCUGCAUCCAGCAAGAGCAGGGAAUGCCAGAACUAGGACUUCUUUACAUUUUGUAAUUUGUCAAAAAUAAUCCAGAACCAUGAGGAAGAACAAACACAUAUAUUUUCUUGGAUAAUGUAUCUCAGAUUAUUUCUGAUUUUAUCUGUAAUGUUUCUGCUUUUUCUUAAAGACACAAACUAAAGAACCUCAGUUCUCUUUCUGUGCUUUCUUGUGGUACAGCUUGCUUCUUAUCACUUAAGAAACUUCAGUGGACAUGAUGGGUGGGACCUGAGAUGGAAUUGGCAGCACAGGCUGCCUGUAAAAAAUGCUGAUUGCUGAAUUGCGGUGUGAUGUAAGAGGGCAGCAGGUAUAUGAUUGGCUAAAAGAUGUGAACAUUUUGUGGAGGAUGACAUGAAGGAAUAAAAAUAGACUUGAAACCUUU